AUGGGCCCCUAUGUGCCCCCAGGCCAAUCGCCCCCAUUCGAAGUAGUCGACGACUUUCACCAUGGUGCAUGGAUUAUCAUAACAGUGGCCUUAGGAUUGGUUGUUUCACUCGUCUGCUUCUUAAUUCGACUAUACGUCCGGUUAAUGCUGAUGCCGCCAUUCGCGCGAGAUGAUAUUGUCCUCUUGGGUGCCACAGCCAUUGGUAUCAUCCAAUCAAUCCUAGUCUUCUACGCCUGCUCUCGUGGCUUUGGCACAUCACUCACCUUACUAAACGAAUCAUUACUCGACCAGAUCCAAACAUUAAUUACGACAAGCGAUGUCUUUGCACUGAUAGUAAUUUACCUCUCGAAAUGCUGCGUCGUUGCUAUUUAUCUCCGACUCACACCUCAAAAACCACACAAUUUGGCUUCAUGGGCGACAUUCGCAUUAUGUACAGCUUGGGUUAUACCUGCUGUUUUCAUUCUGUUGGUGAAUUGUGAGCUAAACGGACCAUGGCGGAUACAAGGUGGGCAGUGUCGAAAUUUGUACCGAAGAUGGCAAUUCAUAGCUGUUGUCGACAUCAUUACGGAAAUCAUCCUUUUCUCACUAGCUGUCGCUCUUCUCAAAGGACUGUUCAUGUCAGUCAAACGCAAGCUUGGGAUAGGCUUUGCUUUUAUUUUCCGCUUCCCUCUAAUAGCAUUCGCCUUCCUCCACUUGUCAGCCCUUCACUCCGCCCUCGCCGACAACGACGUCACUCUCGCAGCGGUCGAACCUACCCUCUGGCUCCAGGUCGAAGUCCACUAUGCCCUCGUCGCGUGCAGCGUCUUCUGUCUCCGCCCGUUUAUGGCUGCUGUGAGUACGAAUUACGGAACUGCAGGGGACUCUAGCUUGGAGAAUAGUGGCUAUGCGUCACGGUCGAGGGGAACAAAGGGGAGUUCGAAAUCUGGAUCUGGGUCCGGCUCGAAUGCAGAUUCCAGAUCUAGGUCUUUGUCUCGUGUUCGGAGGAAGAGGGCAGGGACGGCGACGGGGGCGUUGCCGAGGUCUUCUUCGAAGGAGGCGCUGUGUCGAGAUGGGUGUGUUAAUGCUGAUGCGGGUCGCUUGGAGAAUCGACAAAAGCAUCAAUAUGUGAAGAUGCAUGGUGCCAAUAAUGGUGGGACGCCGCGAGUACCUGUUCGCCGAUCUAUGUUCCCCCUGGGGAGUUCCAAUAAGCCUGCCAAAGUUGAUAAAGGCAAAGGUGGGGUUCGGGAUCAGGGAGGCUCUGCUUUAGAGUUUGAGUCCGAUGCUCUGGAGCUCAUGCCUCAGUUACAUAGACAGUAUGGUCGCAAGGAUGAAGAGCCUGGUGAGAGCGAUGAUCCGGAUAAGAUGGUCAUUCGGAAAGAGGUUGGAUAUUCCGUUCAGUUUGAACGAGGGGAGAGCUCGAAGCAGGUCUCGACUGAUGCGACGGCCUAUGUGUAG